GCGCAGCCUUUUAGUGUUGAAAACAGCCUGUACUGUAGUGGCCAGGCAGGCAGGCAUAUGUCUGUGAGGGCGAGAAGGAGCAGGAUGACGGUUCUGGUCUCCCCGCCAGCCUUGAUGGGGAUUUAGAUUUACAGUAGCUGCCCUGCUUUGUGGCCUUUGAAGGAUGUACGGCGAUGGAGAGGGCACUGUGUGGGACCGGGUCGGACGGCCCCACCGGGACUGCAUGUGCUACCUUGGACCUCCUACUACUUUGAUGCCGAUCGGGAUGCGCAAGUCGCCCGACGUGAGCCCCAGACGGCUUUCGGACAUCAGCCCUCAGCUCAGACAGCUCAAGUACCUGGUGGUGGACGAGGCCAUCAAAGAGGACCUCAAGUCCUCCCGCUCAGUUGAGGACAUCAACAGCGCAUCCAUAGAGGAGCGGAUACUGCGGAUCACCGGCUACUAUGGAUAUCAGCCUUGGAGCGCGAGCUACAAGAGAGAAGACCGCACCAGGGAGAAUGUGGUGGGCACAACAGACGCACAGUCGGCUGGAGGUGCCGCAGGAGCAGAGUCCGGCUCCAGCAGACGGAGGCUCCACUGCUGCAUCAGGGUAACAACUGUACAGGUGCGGAAGGCCCUGUGGGGGGUCGUCAUGGUGAUGUGCGUGUGCUCAUCAUGGGCAGGCUCCACCCAGCUGGCCAAGCUGACCUUUAAGCAGUUCGACGCCCCCUUCACCCUCACCUGGUUCGCCACCACCUGGAACUGCCUCUUCUUUCCCCUCUAUUACAUCGGCCACCUGUGCAAGAGUCCAGAGAGGCAGACGCCCAGACAGAGAUUCAGGGAGUGCUGUAGGUUUUUCGGGGACGACGGGCUGACCCCCAAGGUGUUUUUCACCAAGGUGGCUCCGUUUGGCCUGCUGUGGAUCCUCACCAACUACCUGUACCUGCAGGCCCUCAGGAAGAUCAACACAACAGACGUGUCGGCGCUCUUCUGUUGUAACAAGGCCUUCGUCUUCCUGCUCUCUUGGAUUGUACUCAGAGACCGCUUCAUGGGGGUCAGGAUAGUAGCUGCUAUCUUGGCCAUAGCAGGCAUUGUAAUGAUGACCUAUGCCGAUGGUUUCCACAGCCACUCAGUCAUCGGCAUCACUUUGGUCGUGGCCUCGGCUUCGAUGUCGGCGCUCUACAAGGUGCUCUUCAAGAUGGUCCUAGGCAGUGCCAAAUUUGGAGAGGCUGCACUCUUUCUCAGCAUAGUUGGAAGUGCCAACUUUGUUUUCAUCAGCUUUGUGCCGGUCAUCUUGUAUUUUACACACGUGGAGUACAUUGGCUCACCUGCAGACAUCCCCUGGGCCUACCUCUGUGGGGUUGCAGGCCUGCUUUUUGCUUUCAACGUCCUGGUGAACUUUGGCAUUGCGAUAACAUACCCGACAUUAAUCUCACUUGGCAUCGUCCUAAGUGUUCCUGUAAAUGCCAUGGUGGACCUCUACACAUGUGAAAUUCAUUUCAACACAGUGCGCCUCAUCGCUGUGUUCAUCAUUUGCCUGGGCUUCCUCAUGCUGCUGUUACCGGAGGACUGGGACCAGUGUAUUAUCCAGCUCAGCACCAGGCUGCGCAAACGUGACGAGCCGGCAGAGGGCAACGGAGAGGCGGGCGCCACCACGGGGCUCAACUGGAGAGGGAGAGCCAGGACCUCCAUGUCAACAUUUGCACACUGACUCCAUGAAAUAUAACCAUACUAACACACACACACACACACACACACACACACACACACACACACACACACACACACACACACACACACACACACACACACAUACAGACACAGGGAGUUAGACACAUUAACACCUCAAUGUUGGGACAUUUGACCUGCCUGGUGCCCUACCCUCUCUUACACACAGCUCCCUGGGUGAGAAAAAAGUAUUUUGGACUGCGCUCUGAUCAGUAACAUUUCAGCCAAGAGGGGAGAUAGAUUGCGUGUCAUUCGUUUUGGCGUCCACUCCGCUCAGAAGUUAUUCGAGUUGGUGUAUGGACUCAUCUCAGUUGUAAUCCCUCUUACCCAAAAAAUGAUCAGUUAUUACUGAUUGAGUCAUGUAUUAAUUUUGCUGUACCUCUUAAUCAUUCCACUGGUUCACUACAUCCUUGCGCCUGGGGCGACUUGCCAACUCGGCUGAUAUUUUUCAGCUCUGAGAAGACAGACGGACAUUUUUUCGAGGAAGGCCUGACACCUUGUGGUCUUGCUGGCUUUAACAUAUACACAUUUACACACAUUUAAGAUCCAAAGAAGAAUGCCUAAAAAUGCUGAAUGCCUGAAAACAAAAAGGGAGGCCCACAGUGGGAUCCCUCAGGUGUAAACUUAUGACAAAUACCUGCCUUUCGUGCACUGUACAUAGCUGUAUUUCACACCUUGGAUGUCCUUGAGCUGUGGACCCGAUGGCCUCAUCUGGCGUGAAGGGACCUGUCUGGACGUCUGAGGAUCAAUCUGAGCAGAAGAAGCUUUCACAACGCCUCACUCUGAGAGAAGCGGUCAGGUCCUUUUCGACCGCACUGAUUGGCCACCUGUGGUUAUGUGCUUUCCUGGGGUUCAACUCCCGCUCUGUCAAUGCUGACACCCAUUGCUCAGGCCCACGGUUUAGUCACGAGAGAUUUAAAACCAGUAUCUAUAUUGCAAACGCUCUCAGCGCAUGAUAUGGUUGAGAUUUGUUUGUCAAAAAAGAGUGAGUGCUGUCAGUCCAUCCAUAAAGCAUAUGCCUCCCAUUUCCUGCUGCUGAGACACCGGCAGCAGGUAAAUACGUGUAUUAAAUGUACUGUCAUACAAAUGAUAUUAAACUCACAGUUAAUGCUUCAGGUAUCCCAACCAUUGGAUGGACUAAAGCACCAACAGCUCAUAAUAAGACAUGAAAUCUUGGAACUACCCCUUUAAUAACUCGGAACAUCAGUCAUAGCUAUCACUGAGCCUCCCUUCGAAAUCCUAUCACAUUUAACUCUCUACACUCAUGUGCACACAAGCUAAUUUGGGACAGCUCUCAGUUUAUAUUGUUUCAUUCCUGAAGAAAAUAACAAGACGGCAGAUGAAAACUCACUGUCUCACUGUGGCGUGAGGAGAGGGCGUGUUGACACAUGAAGAAUGGCUCGCAUUUGUCCAACCCCCGCUCUUUGUCCGAGUCUCACUGUAUCUGUUUUCAUUGAUCACAUUUCCUGAGGCAAGUUAACAACCUGAGAUGAACCUGGGAGCAAGUGAGGCGCACGCCUUGUAAAGCGACUGGUGGAAACUCUUGCCUUGUUGUGAAUGUAUGAACAUCACUCGACCACACAUGCUCGCUAUGUGCUAUCUGUUUUCUUACAGUGCCACCACAGACUGCUGCAGAGAGACUCUUUAAUACUAUCCUUCUUGUACUCAUCUGACCGAGUUGCAUUUUUUUUUUUUUCUUUUUUUUUUUAAAGAAACUCUUGACGCAUCGCACUGGACUUUUUUAUAUUUUUGCAUUGGGUUGCCCACUAACCUUGAGAAACGGUGAGUGAUACCUACAGGACGAGCAUGCACAUACUGUAUGAGCAGAUACAGCUGACAAGUCCACUUCACUGCCUUUUCUUUGUUUUGCAAUAGAGUACAAUAGCACUGUUUCCCAUUGUCAUUCUCUAUGACAAUAAAUAAUAAUAUUGUAUUCCUCUGGAAUUAUUGCUAGACAUAAAUGUAAACCUUUGUAAGGAAUGAAGAUUUUUACACUGAGAUGCAACAUAUGAUUAUCACAUUUGAGGAAGAAAUAUUUAGAGUGUGAAUAAAUGAUGGGUUUAUUAGAUCUACUGUUGGGUGUCUUCAAGUGUAAUCACAUGUACUAUAUAAAAGAUUUCUUUUCAAUACA